AAGAAGCUGAGGAGAAAUGUCAGGUUGAGUUUUGUUCUUCUCUUGUUCUGUUCUGUUUGAGAUGUCACGCGAUCGAUCACAACAGGCGUGCAACGAGAUUGUUGUCGUCCCAGUGGAGUUAUUUAUUCGAUCCACGUGACUCAACAUCGAAUUAUGCUUCACGAAUAAAUAAACAAUGGCUGACGUUCGACUACUAAUCCAGGAAGAGGGUAGAGCAGCACGAAACUUGGUAGCCUUCAACGUUCCAAUGGGCACGACAACCCCCGAGAGAGUGACUCGAAAGCCCCCGAGCAUCCCCCGCGUGCCAAGUUCCUCAAUAAAAAGGAACAUAAAGAGUACGACUCGAGUUCGAUCAGCCUCCACAGGACGUGACAAAAAAUCCGAGCUCCAGGCCCGCUACUGGGCCUUCCUCUUCGGCAACCUCCAGCGCGCAGUCGACGGUAUUUACCAGACAUGCGAGGAAGACGAGAACAUCUCAGAAUGCAAAGAAGUGAUUUUGGUCCUCGAAAACUACACGAGAGACUUCCACAACCUCAUAGAAUGGUUCAAAGUAAAAUGGGCAUACGAGAAUUCCCCUCCCCCCUUGAGGAGAACCCCCCUAGCCUGGGAGGUGCGUAAAACCUCCCCCUGCAGAAUGUGGAACCCCAAGUGCUCGAGUCCAUCCCAGUGGAUGAGCCCUACAUGCAGAAGCCCAGACGACACGAUAAUCGAGAAUAGAAUGACUGGAAUGGAGCCGAAGAGAGAAGUGUUGAAUCCUUCGGAGCACAAACGAAUGAAGGACAAUAGAAACGUCUCGAAGAAGGACCCCAACAAGCACAUGAAAGAUAAAACCGGCAACUCGAGCAAAGAACCUGAAAAAUUAACCGCCAGAGAGAAAUCAACACUCUCGAAAAUAUCGGGGAGGCCUCCAGCGAAGGCCUCUACCCCCAGAGCAAACACCAGUGUCUCGAUAACUCGAAAGAGUUUGAGUGAGAUUAAUCAGCGUGAUGCCAAAAAUAGUAGUAUUAACAAGGAGAACAGGGAGAGUGCAGAAAUGAAGAACAGUAAUAUGGACCUGAGACGUUCCUCCAACAUCUCUGAGAUGGAAAGGCUGAAGAACAAGGCGAAUGGCACUUUAUCCGAGAUACUUAGACCAGACAAUAACGAGCAAUCGAAUAAGUAUCCCUCGAAGACUGCGUCGAGAGCAUCGAGGACCCCAUCGUCGUCAGCUCGUCCCAGUUAUUCGACCCUGACUAGAACCCCAAGGGCCACGAAUCCAUCGCAAACGUCAGAGACUCCCAGGAUGGUCCGUAGUAAAACGACCCUGAGCGCCAGGGAGGUCUCGAGUGUCAACAAGGCACGUCCUGGCUCAUCGGUGAUGGUGAGAAGACGCCAGCCAGAAUUCAGGACGAAUGUGCAACCUCAAGAGCCCAGUGACAUCAGAGGGUCCGUUGAGGUACUCACCAAGGGCUCAGCAAAGUCGAGGAGGCCCUCCGAAGACCCCGACGGCUGGCAGACGGUGCGGUCCAGGUGUCGACGAGGCAGUUCCCACAGUUUAAACAUGUCCACGAGGUUUCAUCGGCCAACGACAGCCACUUCCCUCCCUGCCCUGUCCAUCGAGAGUUCCAGCGAUGGACACAAGAAGAAUUCAUGUGAAAUCACACCCGAUAAUAAGUCAGAGCAUGGAGACACUGUGACAAUGAAUAUCCAAGUGGAAAAAUCAGAGAACAAGUGCAAGAGCCAGACAAAUCCCCAGGAGGAUGAAUUGAGGAAGGAGAAUCUAGCUCCAAUCGUCUGCGAUACAAACUCCACGUCGAUGAUUGCAGCAGUAUUCAAGAACGAAGCUGAUCUCCUGGAGAAGAAAAUCCAGCUGUUCAUGGCAGCGCAGGCAGAGAGGGAGAGAAUAAUCCUCGAGGAGGAGCGCAAGACAGAGGAAGCGGACUCACAGAGAUCUCAACAGCUUUCGGACGAGGAAGCCUCGUUACAGCGUCAAAUACAGGAGCUGGAAUCGACUGAAAUCGACAUCGAUACAGAGACUGACGAGACGGACGGUGAAAUGGUACUUGAGAUUGAGGAGCGGGAGGAAAUCCUCCAGGACGAAGCCAUCGAUGACAUCAGCCUUGAGGAUCGUUACGAGAACAUGCUGGAGGGUAUGUCCUGGGCAGAACGCGUGGAUACCCUUGCGCAAUUGAAGGCUCUGGUCGCUCGACAUCCUGGGAGAGCCCUGGAACUCCACCAAAAAUUGUCGUCACCCUCCCGGAAACGAUCGUUGCCAGAGGCAUUGAGAAGAUACCAAGCGAAGCAGGCGUGUGCUGAGCACAAGCGACAGAAGUUACUGCUGGAGAAAUCGCAACGGCUUCGAGAACUUUUAAACAAGGUUGAGGAUGUGAAGAGAGCGAAGAACCAGUUAACAGAGGAUAAACGAGUUCGAAUGGAGAUGAAACUAAAGCGAGCUGAGGAGAACAGAAGUCAGCAUUUAUUGGAAGUGGUGAGGAAGGCUCACGAUGAGGAUUCCAAAUUGAAGGAGAUAGCUUUCAUAAAUGAGCUAGAAGCCCAGAACAAGCGUCACGAUUUCAUGGCUCUGUGUCAGGAGCAGGAGGAGCGUCUUCAGGGGAUACAGGAGGAGCGUCAGAGGCGGCAGGAGGAGAAGGCGGCGAAGGAAGCUGCAGCUGAGGAGCGGAGGAGGGCGUUGGAGGCCGAAAGACAGCUGAGGAUUCAGAAGAUGAGACAAGCGAGGAGGGAAAGGGAGGAGAGGGUGGGGAAGAUGCAGCUGGAGAGGGAGAAGGAGCGUCAGGAGUUGGCGAGGGAGAAGGCGAGGGACAGGGAGGAGAGGCUGAGUGCUCUUCAUGCUGCCCAGCUGGCUAAUCAAGAGGAAUUGCAGAAGAAGAUCGCUCAGAAGCAGCAGGAAUCCGCUAGGAGGCAUGUCGAGAAUAUCGAGCACAUUAGGCAGAGGGCUGUGGAGUCCUCGAUUCUGAGGAAUGAGGAGAUCCCUCCAACAUUGAAAUCCUACCCUGCACCCAAGCAGUGCUCGCUUUGUGGGACCCAGAUACCGAAUGAACUGAGUCUUCUGAGCCAUUUGAAGGGAAAGGGUCAUCUGGAGCUGGUGAGGAAGAUGCAUGAUGGGAGGGAGGCUUCCAGGGACGACCUGCAGAGAUUUAAUAUCACUCAGAUCAGGGAUGUGGCUGUGGGAGUCUCUGGAGGGGAUGACAAAGCUACUAAGGAGAAGCAGAAGGCUCUCAAGAGACGCUCCAGGAAACUCAAGCAGAAGAUGACGGCUAGGGGACAGGAGUGGGAGAAUUCGCAGGGAGAUUGCGGCCAAGUUGAGUCGAGCAAUAAAGCCAAGUUCAGGAGGAACUUGAAGGAGUUGGACAGGCUGUCCUGCAGUCACUCGAAGAACAGUUGGGCUAAUGUUGCGGUGGCGGGGCUUGAACGCUGUCUCGGGGAAAUUGGGAGGGCCUUCAAUAAGGCCUGCCCUCAGGAUCCCGAGGUUUUUAAGUCACUUGGGGGUUUUGAGACUUUAACGAAUCUACUGCAACUGGGGGUCAGUGUGCAGAGCAAUUCCCAGGGUUUGCCCAAUAAGAGCAUUGUCUCGAUUUGUAGAGUCUACAAAAUUGCUAUUAGUGAUCAUGUGGAAAGUAUCGAGGCCGUUGUACUUAGCAAUAAAAUUCUGGAGAUACUUGAUCUCCUUCUGCAGAGGUUUGAGGCGGUAGCAAUUUUGGAAGACUCAUCCCAAGCCCAAGAGACAUCAGCCACAACAAACGGUAAUGGUAGCGUAACCACAGCAGUGCUGCAAUUGCUCUGCAGUCUAAUCCCAGAAGUGCCUUUCGAUAAAGCUGCUCUGCAGUCCCGUAUCAACGACAUCAUAGGAUUUCUAGUGACUGGAGGAUUAAUCGACCGAAUAUCCCGUCACAAUCGUGCCCUCAUCGAGACAGAUUUCUUCCUAGACCAGGACCACGAGUCUCAACUUCUCCUAGCAUCCUAUGACCUUUUGCACCGCCUGUGUAUCCAUUCCAAACGUACCCACGAGAAUUCCAAUUCCACUCAUGAUACCGAGCAGAUAACAGUAGAUUCCCACUUACUGGGCUGUCUGCAGUCGAGCGAAGCUGCUGGUAGCGUUGGCUGUCUCUAUGCAACAUUUGCACUGGCGCAUCAGAAGUGCUCUUCACCCACCCCGGGGCAGAGUCACUUUACAUCUUAUGGGAGACUACUCGCUUUGCGGGGACUCAAACUGCUGAGAACUGUAGGCCAAGUUGAUCUACAAACACUGCAGAAUUUAUUAGGCGCAGAAGGCACCAAUCUACAGUGGAGAUUAAUAGCAAGUCAUUUGAUCACAAGAUUCCAAAGAGAGCCUCUAGCCGAUUCCACGGACAGUCAAUCCACCCAGACAUCACCAACAGCUAUUACGAUACUCUCCGAGCUCUUCAGUGUCCUUGGCUACUUCGCCGUCAAUAACAUCGACAAUCAGUUGGUUCUACAAACUGCGGGCGCUGGCCCAAGUGUACUUCAGCAUCUCUGUACAUUGCCAUUUCCUUUUUAUGGUGAUCCGAAACUAGCACCGUUUACCCUUCCAACACUUCUUGCUGCUACGCACGAAAAUCCCGAUGCCACUGCUGUUUUGUCAUGCGAAAUGUCGUAUCAACUUCUGGAAGAAUACAAAAAGUCAGAAGAAGGCCAGCAGCAUCCUCUAAUCCGUCUUCUGAAGGACUCAUCGUGUAAAUAAAUUCCAAUGCGUCUCCAGACCAGGAGCGAGCUUGCCAAAUAAUGCACAUGUAAUUUCUCAAGAUAUUUCUUCAUCAUUGUUUCUUGUAAUUGAUAUGAGUUACCGUCUGAAUGUGAUUUAUAUUUAACUUAUUUUCUGUUCUGUUCUGUUUUACAUUUUGUUUUUUCUUUGUUUGAGAUACGAGACGAUUUUUAAAAUCGCAAUUACCUCGGUGAACUCGCAGAAUUGCGAAGGUUUAUCAUAUCAUAAUUUAUUAAGAAUUUAAUGCAGUUGAUAGCAUUAAUAAUUUUGGGUGCAACAAGAGUUGCUGCAAAUAGUGCAAUGUCCUGCCAAUGCAAUUUGUACUCGUGGUAUUAUUUAAUCAUACAUACACUCAAUAAAACUCAUGAUAAUAAUAACGACGUGAGGCCACGGUGGGAGUCAUAAAUGUCUUACUUGGCCCAAUUAUUCGUCGUUUUCAUUUUGAUAACUCUGAGGUUAUUAGUUGACCUGCUCUUUUCUGAUGAAAUAAUGUCAUUUAGGUAUUAGAAAUCAUCGAUCUGCUCAUUGUUAGAUAUUUGUCCGUUUGUGGAUGCACUUUGGGAAAUUGAACGAAUAGUCCGGAAUAAGAAAUUAGAAAUAUCCCAUUCUAUAAAUGACAAAUCUUGUCGAGUCCAUUGAAUGUCCAUUUCAAUCAUAAAAUCAUAUUUUUGUAUGAAUAAGUAAUCAAUUAAUUAGGUAAUCAGUGAUUUCUUGGAAUUCACGCAUUUAAUUUUAUAUAUUUUUGGAAUGAUUGGUGUUACUUCUCAACGGUGGUGAUUUGUAUACGAAAGAUAUUUUGUUUUCGUCUAAGUACUUCACAGCUUUAUAAAGAAUUCAAUUUCCUCUGGAAGUUGUAAUUUUCCUCCACAGCAGCUAAAACGUACUCUAUUCAGGAUUCUUAUCAGAAUAAAAUUCUCUGUCGCAACGGUGACUUAACAAUAAUGUAUACAAGAUAGAAACAUUAAUAAAUACUGUUUAUCCCUCUUUUUCUGUAAACACAGGGGUUUUCAGGGAAAUUGGAGAGACUAGUCAGCGAGGAAAACAAAUAAAUGUGCUUUUUCGCUAAAA